UUUCUAAACACCAGACUCCAAAUGAUCAGGCCUGAAAACAUUCUGAGAUCCUUGUUGUUUUGCCCCAGGGAGCUCGUUUUCCUGAGAAAAUGCCGACCACUCAGAAAACAUUGAUGUUCCUCUCCGGCUUUGUCACAAGCCUGGGUUCCGUGGCUGUCAUCUGCUCAAUUCUGGGGACACAAGCAUGGGUCACCAGCACAAUUGUCUUCACAGACAUGAUCUCCAAUGGCACCAUUGCCAUCUCCUAUGGGCUUUUUGGUGGUGUGAGUACCCAAGAUUUGAGAGAAGGACUCCAAGAACUGGACAAAAACUUUGAAGUUUUAGGAAUAUUGGAGAAUUCCUCCCAGAAGUCUCUGCAUUGGGUGGUCAUCAUCUUCCUGGUCCUGAGUCUGGUGGCUUCACUGCUGAGCUCAAGUUUCACAUUCUACAACAGCAUCAGCAACCCCUACCAGACCUUCCUGGGCCCUGUGGGCGUGUACACUUGGAAUGGACUCAGCGCAUCCUUCGUGUUCCUGACCAUGGUUCUGUUCGUGGGGAAUACUGAGUCCAACCAUCUCUCCGAAAAACUGUCCCAGAAGCUCUACCCGGAAGCCAUUAAUGAGAGGACCACUCACAGUUAUGGGUACUCAUUUUGGCUCAUUCUUCUGGUCAUCCUUCUGAACAUAGCCACUGUGGUCAUCAUCGUUUUCUACCAGAAGGCCCGGUACCAACAGAAGCAGAAGCAGAGGAAGCCGAUAGAAUAUGCUCCCAGGGAUGGCGUUUUAUUCUGAGUCCUGCCUCCCAUCACCUUGGCACUGUCUGGUAGCAGCGACUGGCUAGCUCCUCUGGACAGUCUGAAUGGUAGAGUGACUGUUAUGUGUGGUAGCAUCUCUAUGGCAUGACACUGUGUUCUUCCUAGAUGACAUUUGCAUAGUUUUUCAUAGACAUCCUCCUAGGAAGGUUUUUCCUGUGAGGCUGGGGAAGAUGGAGAGGGUUUUUCCACAAGGUAAAUGGACAGGAAAGGCUGCCAGUCUGAGGAAUGCUCCAAGAGGGCGUGAUCUGGGGCAUGCAAACCCUUCCCACCUGGCCUCGAUAUCCACAGAAAUAAAGGUCUGUGCUUUCUGCCUCUCCUGUGACUAGCUCAAUGUUCUGUAGCCCCUAUGACCUGUCAUCCUCAGGAGGGAACUACCAUUUACUCUGAUCCAGAGGAAGUAUGAGUUCCUGACCAGCCUUCACCUGUAGGACCCGAGACCAGGCCCUGUCCUACCGUUUGCACCACUUAUUUACCCAUCUUCCUUGGCAAAAAUGUCCAUUUGUUCCUGUGAGCCCUUGGGUAGACUUGGAUGCCAACUCAAACUGGAAAAAGGUCUGCUCCUUAAAAUAGAAAGCUGGAGGAGGGGGCAGUGCUGGAGAGAUGGCUCAGUGGUUAAGAGCACUGGCUGCUCUGA